AUGUUUAUUCAGUUGUCCAGCUACAACUCCUCCAGUCUAGAGGGAUUUUACCGGGCUACGAAGGCAGCACUUGGAAUGUCUAAGAAAGAUAGAGCCUUAUCAUAUUUGCGAACAGGUCUUGUGAAUUGCCCAAAGGCAGAUGAACUCAAAACUUUGUACGAAGAAAUUAAUAAGGAAAAUGGAGAUGGUGAACCAUCAAGCAGUAACUCCACCUCAUCCAAACCUCACUUGGAAAAAGAAGAAACAAAGAAACACACAAAAAUACAUAACGGUGCUCAGGAAGAAGUGAAUAGUGUGGUGGCAGAAAGAUCUUCACGAAGUGACCAAAAUAAAUUCAGGAGCAGGUCGUCAGGAAGCCAUAAUAGAAACAAUAGUAAAGAUCCAAUUGACAAGGACACUGUACGAAGUGUGUCUGUUAACCGCUCAUCAAAUGAAAAAUCAUUGUCAAAAAGAAACAGUGAACCUAAAAGUGAUGCAUUUAUUGAUACUCUCAUCAAAUUACAAACUGAAUUGUCCCCUGAGGAGAAAUCACCUCAACAAAAGGAACGUGAAGCUUUAAUGGAGAAACAAAAGAAGUUACAGGUAUUUAUGAAAGAGGGAUAUGAAGCAAUGGAAAUGGGCUCAACAAAACAAGCUUCAGAAAAGUAUAAAUGUGCUUUAGAUAUUAUGGGUGAAUGUGACAUAAAGGUUUUUGGUAUGCCAGAAAUCAAUCGCAUAGUUUUGAGGUACACCUUAUCAAUAUGUUGGAUUGAAACUCUGAAUUAUAACAACAUUGUUCAGUCUGUUGGAUGUUUGAUGGAAAUAGAGACUCUUCAAGCAGAAGAUCUCCCAGCUGUUUAUUAUGGUUUGGGACGUGCAUUUUAUCGAUUGAAUAGGUUUAAAGUAGCUUUAGGUCAUUUAAAUAAAGGUUUAGAAAUGGUUGAAAAUAUGGCUGAAGUUGUACCUCAUCCUUGGCCAGGAACAAUCAAGAUGAUUGUGGAGACAACUAAAGUGGGUUUGAAGGAGUCUCUAAAUAAAUUGUGUUAUGAAUGCAGAACAUAUCGUGAACCUGAUGCUGUUUGUAGAUAUAAAGAAUGUCUAAAUGUGAGCUCUCACAUUUGUCCUUCAGAAAUUAUAUUUUACAGCGAUCCAGACUUUGUGGGCUAUGUUGUGAUUAUAUGCCAAGAGAAUUGUAAAAUAACAUACCAUGUAGGUUGUUGGAAGCAUUAUAAAGAGUGUCUGUCAUCAGUGGGAAAACUAUCAGAUAAGGAUGUGCUAGGUAAGGCUUGUUUAACAAGUGAUUGUGUAAAUGAAAGAAAUGAAAUAUCAGUGAUUGUCCGAAUAGAAGUUUAUGGAGAAGAUGGAAAAAUAAAAACGUCAUGUCUAAAAGAGCCUACAAAAACUGAUAAUGUAAAUGAACAUCGGAAAGAAAGGAGGAAGAAGAAUGAGAAGAUAGAAAAGCCUGUAAAAGUUAAAGUGCCUCGGGUUAGAGUUAAGAAAUUACCUCCUAGUUCACAAAAUAUUGUUAAGAAAGUGAAGAGACGAUCUACCAUUUCCAUUGAAGACAUAACCCGUUGCAAGCAGAAGCUAUCUAUGCUGCGUGAAAUAUACUUUGGUGUCGAUGAAACAAUCAGCUGGAAUCCACGAAAAGAUUACUUCGGAAGGCCUGAUAUUUCUACCCUUAAAACAUUCAUAAAUAGUAAAGAUUCAGAAAUUUUGAGAGAACGAAAAAAUUUCAUUUACACGUAUUUUUAUGAAUAUUUUAAUGAUGAAGGACCACAAAAAGUGUCUGCAAUAGAGAAAAAAUGGCUUGAAGAUAUUUCCCAAUUUCCAGGAAUAAAUGAAUUUAUGUCGGAACAUGAUGGAAUUUGUGAUUUUCUUCUUUUGUCCUAUCGCUUCGCAUGCAUCGAUGAUUACUUGUGCCUUGCUGACCAGUUAUCUGAUACUUACCAACGAGUGCAAGAAGAAGUGGGAGAAAGUUUAACAUUUAUAUUGAGUCAUUCUAAUCAUACAUUAGAAAAUGAACCUGAAAUAGAUUUAGUUGUGAAUAAAUGUACCCGUAAAUUAAUAGAAGACACAAGUUCAAAUAGCUCUAUUCCUGAUUUCCCUGUCGAACGACCUGGAACAAUAACUCCUAGUAGCUCUCAGGGUUAUUCUUCGGGAAUGCCAUGGAAUAAGAGAGAUUCAGAAUGUGACUCAUAUAUAAUUCAAGAUUCAUCAGGAAGUAGUUCAGGGGAAGAUUCGGAUUAUGACGGAAUUAUAACUUCUGAUUAUGAAAAUUAUGAUGAUUUUGAAAAAGUAAAUACCACAAUUGAUUCAAACGAAUCUCAUAUCAAUAUUAAUGUAGAACAAGUGAAAGGGAGCACACCUGUGUCAUCACAAAUUCCAGAGAAGUUAAUCGAUACAAGUUAUUGUCCUAGUGCUCACUGUAGUUCAAGUGCUGGAAGUGUCUAUUAUGAAUUAUCAGAUAAAGAUAUAAAGGAUUUGCAGAUUGCAGAUGCUGCUACUCAGGUUGUAGAUUUGCAAUUGGCAUUAAAAAAGGAUGCUGACACCCAAACAGAUAGUUCUUGUGAUUUGGAAAGAGAAAACGAAGACUUAAGAACUGUCAAUAGUCAGUUGUUACAGGCUGCGACUAUGUUGAAUGAUGAAAAACAGAAUCUAAUGUCACGUUUUCAAGAAGAGAUAAAUGGGUACAAACAAAAAAUACAAUUAUAUGAAAGUAGACUAUCCAGUCUCGUUGUUGAAAAGGAGCAGAAUGAAAAUGAUUUACAAUUUCAAAUUGGUAUAAGAGACUCCAAAAUUGAUGCCAUUAUUAAGAAAAAUCAUGAAGAAUUCAGCAAACUGGUGAAGAAAAAUGAAGAGGAUGCAGGUUUAUUAAAGAGAAAUCUAGAUUCAGAUGUAUUAAAUGUGGGAAAUUUAAAAGUUACUGCUGGUUUCAGAGAAACAAUGUCCGAACUUAACAAAGAAGUGGAAAAACAAGCUAACACUAUCAUUCGUUUGGAAGACCAACUGAGGCGAGCGAAUGAACAAAUUUUGACAAUCAGGAAAUUAUUUGGUGAAUUCAAACUGGAUAGUUAUCUGGCUAAAUGUAAGGAAAGACUGCACUGCAUGAAUAUAAUGUUUCAAUGGUUUCAAGACAACUCUUCUAGUGCUGAUGAACUAAAACCAGCAAUUGAAGCGUGGGAACGUGUUGCAGUAUCUCUUCAAGAAACUAGAGACUUGCUUCAGGUUCAAUACGACAUAUUAUCUCAGCAACUGAAGAAUAAAGUGAGUUCUGACUUUCUUCUUCAGUUGGAAUUGGCAGAUCUACCAGCAGAACCUCAUUAUCCAUUACAAGAUAUGAAUAAUGUUUUGCGCUUUACUGUGGAAUAUGCUCAUCACAAAAAUGGUUCUAUGAAUGGCAAAAAUGUAAUGAAUGCCUCUCGCAAUAAUUCACAGUAUACGGAGAUAUUAUCUACAUAUACAAAUUCUACGCUUGGGGUGCAGAAUCACUCUAAUCAAGACUUAUUUAACAUCAGAGCAACUAAUCCUUUUGGCUAUAGGCCUCCAUUCUAUCCAAACAGCUUGAGUGGUCCAAACACCUUCAGUAAUUUUCCAAGAACAAUGUCACCAACUCACAGUAACCAUCUUGGCCAUAUUCAGUAUUCAAGUGAGAUUAAAAAUAGUACAGUUACUGGAUCUUGGCCACCUGAAUUUCAUGUUGGUGGCUUGAGAAGCGAUAAGCCUGAUCAUGUAACUGGUGGCAAACCAGCUUCAGGUUUGAGAACUACAGAACCUGUUACAUUACCAACAUUUGCCAAUCAUGUUAGCGAAAGUAGAGAAUCUCUGACAAGUGGGGAGUGUGCCAGUCAUGCUACAGGUGAUACGGUGACUGAAAGGAAGGAUGGCCCCAGCCUUAUUGCAGAAACUAAACAAAGAGAAGUGUUUGGGGAGAAAAGAGCUAGUAGUUCAUCUGCUUCUGGUUUAACUCCUAUUGAAAUAACAAGACCAGGAAUUUCUGGUUUCACCUUAAAGCCAAUGAAUUUUGAAACAAAGCAGGCUGUAAAGGGGAGUACUCAAACACCAAAGCGAUGGAAUUAUCAAAAGCUGUUUGAAGAGUUGCAGAGGUUCUUCAGAACAAUCCCUGAAGUUGAACUAAGUGAAAGUCUUUUUAUUGUUCGAGAAAAAAAUGCAAACAAGCUUACAGGUUUGUCUGUUUCUACUAUUAUUCGCAGAGUUGAGAAAGUUUUGGAAGAUAGAUCCAGCAAAAAGAUAGGUAAUAUGGGAAUGGAUAAAUUUGGUUGUGCUGCAUGGGGAGAAGUGAAGGAAAAUGAUGUCAGUUGGCAAAAUGAUGAUGUUGAAAAUGAAUGUAUUAUUUGCCAUAUAAAUAUAGAGGCCAACAGUAAAACCAGUUUGCAGUGCAAACACACAUUUCACACUGAAUGUAUUCGCCAAUGGCUGCAUACUAAUAGUACUUGCCCUAUAUGUCGCAAAUACACCAGACUGAUUGAUGAAUUUCCACCUCUUGCAUAAACAAGAGGGUUUUUUUUACUGCGCGAGUCUUUGAAUAGCGCAAACCAGUAUUACAGUUGCCUUUUUACUUCCUGUGAUAAUAUGAAACUGAUCAAAUUCAUUUGCAUUGAUGCAGGAAAUUAUCUUUCGAUCAGUUAUUUGAGUAUUAUUGUUCAGAAAGUGUUGCAUUUUAUGAAACAUUCAGGAUAAAUUCCUGAGUUCCAGACUUUUUUGCAUUUAUUUGGAUACGUUUAAUAAAGAGUUCAAAAUGUAAUGCAUUUGUGCUAAAGACACAUGUUUUUUAACAUAUAACAUAUAUUUAAUAAAGAUGUUCAUGUAAGAGAUUUGUUUGAUGUUUUUGCUUUCGUUCAAAAGACCCAACCCAAGUACUUGAGAUGUUCAAGAAGAUUCACAUGAAUAUUGAUUUAUGCUUUGCCAUGUCACGAAUAUGGCACAUAUUUAUAUUUACUACUGUAGUCAAAGAAAUUACAUAAAAUAUGCUAAAAAAAAACUAAGGAAAAAUAUGCUCCGACUAAAGCAUGUCUUUUACUUUUCUCUAAUCGGAUAUAUUGACACAGGCCUGUCAGUGACACUUCUCUAUUUAGACAAUGUUUGUACUACCCCACUUCCUCACUUUUUC